AUGAUCAUUGUUCUGCUAGUUACUGCGAUUACCUCCCUACUUGUGUUGGGAGUGCUAAUCUACACAAUUCGGAAGUAUAUGGGCUCUACAACGGUGGAUGAAACGAACGAGGAUACAGAGGCGCUGCUCAAGAAGGAGGAAAAAAGAGGGAUUGGAACGAAUGAAUUAUCUAUCUCCGAGACAAAGACGAUUGUACCUAUAUUAACCAAGUCAGAAAUGGAGGCGGACACUGUGGUGACAAUGCCGAUGAAUAAGAAGGAGAUCGAGUUGUUGAGUGACGAAGAAUUGUUGCAAGAUAUCGGAGAGGAUAGUGAGGAUGAUGAAUAGAUUGUAUUACAUAUUAUUUGUGAGACGUGUUAAUUUCUCUUAUAUUCGAUUUGUU